UUCACACACAUACGAAGAGGAAGACGAAUCGCAAACACGUGUGGUUUCCUUGCAGAGAGCGUGUUGGGAUCGGCCAAAAGAAAUCAGAUUUAAAACUACAACUUUAGUUCGAUUAAAUAAUGACGAAGAUCAAGAAGGAGAAGGCUCCUGUAGACGGAGAGGAGGCCGCCGCUGCCGCAGCCGACGGGACCGAGAAGUCUUACCAGGAGCUGAUCGCUAACAUGAACCCCAUCGCUCAGCCGCUGGCCUCCAAAAAACUUAGCAAGAAACUCUACAAAUGUGUCAAAAAGGCUGCCAAAGUGAAGAACAUCCGCAGAGGAGUGAAAGAAGUUCAGAAGUUUAUCAACAAAGGAGAGAAAGGCAUUGUAGUGUUGGCUGGCGACACGAUGCCCAUCGAUGUGUACUGUCACCUGCCCAUCAUGUGUGAGGACAGAAACAUGCCGUAUGCCUACAUUCCCUCUAAAGGGGAUCUGGGUUCGUCUGCCGGCUCCAAGAGGCCGACGUGUGUCAUUAUGAUCAAACCUCAUCAGGACUAUCAAGAAGCCUAUGAUGAGUGUGUGGAGGAGGUGUCCAGCCUGCCCAAACCUCUCUGAGACAUCAGACAAUCAGUGAGCAGCUCAGAGACCACUGCCUUCAUUCAAAUAGACCCACACUUUGAAGGAGCAAUCUGUCAUCUUAGGAAAUCCUCUUAUUUCUCAUCAGUUGCUCCAGAGAAACAUUUCCUUUCUACAUUUGUUCAAUGGACAACAUGUAACAGGUUUGAAGGUGGAGCUAGGCUAGUUUCCUCCUACUUCUAGCAUUUGUGCUAAGCCAAGCUUAACCUGUCCUGGACCAUCAAACUUGUUUAUCCAUUAAUGCUGAAAGGAAAGUGUGUAAAUCAUCUGUUGUGUUUCUGCAUCCCACCAAGAUGCAAGAGGUUUCUAUUUGAAAAGUAUCAUUUUUGCACGAUGAUACAACUCCAAAAGAUAAUUUUCCAUGUUUUUUGCAAAAAUUAUGUCUGUAAAAUAAGCGGUGGAGAUGCAUCGUGUUGGUCUGUUUUUGUUAUGUAGGUAAACAGUCUGACAUGCCGAUCAGAUUGAUAAAGGAUGACCUGGACAGUGGCAGCAGGACAGUAUGAGAAAACUGUAAAUCCUCUGUUUGAAUAUUCCCUGGUAAAAUAUAUCAGAAACCUGUAGUUUGAUCAUUUUGGAGAAAAAAAGUAUUUUCUAUUAUUUUUUCCCCUUUCCACCAAAUCCUGAAUUGAAGAUGUUUUUUCUCUUUGAGUUCUGAAGGAUUUUGGCGUUUCUGCUGUUAAAUAUGUUUUAAUUGUUUGGUGUUUGUUUUGUUUUUUAAUUAAAAGAAAUGUAAACAGA